CCGGUCCCGCCCCAUCGCUAUGGCGUCUCCAGUGCUCCGGAGGAUGCUCGGGAGCUGCCGCCUCUUCUUCCUCCUCCAUAGAGGAAGCUCCAGCAGCAGCACCCGCGGUGGCACAGGCUCAGGCUCUCUGACUAAACAAGCUGAAGCAACUGCUGCUGCAGACUGGAAAAAGAAAUUGACUCCAGAGCAAUUCUAUGUUACAAGACAAAAAGGAACUGAACCGCCAUUUAGUGGGAUCUAUCUGAAUAACACAGAAUCAGGAAUAUACUGCUGCGUGUGCUGCAAUGCCCCACUGUUCAGCUCAGAAAAGAAGUUCAAUUCUGGGACUGGAUGGCCAUCAUUUUCUGAGGCUUAUGGUACCUGUGGCAGAGAUGAAAGCAAUGCUAAUAUUAUGAGACGACCAGAUCACUCACUGGGAUCAACUAGAACUGAAGUUGUCUGCAAACAGUGUGAAGCUCAUCUAGGCCAUGUAUUUGAUGAUGGUCCCCCACCUUCUGGGCAGAGGUUUUGUAUCAACAGUGUUUCCUUAAACUUCAGACCAGACUCUGGUCAAUGAGAAGUGGAUCUCUGUGGCUUAUAGAACAUCCUUUUACUGCUUACACAACAGGCUUGUGAAAAACUCAUGCUUUUAAUAUAGAACUCAAAUUUUUAUGCCACUGCAGCUUUGCUUUCCAGCUGAGUGUUGAUAAAAUAUAUAUUUUCGUAUUAAACCUUUCGUAGUCUCUUUUUUUCAUAAUUAGUGUGAGGUAAACAUUGAUCUGUUUAGUGUAUUUUUUUAAAUUAAAAAUAUCUAUGCAAUAGUUCACAUUCAUAAUUAUUGAUAUGAACUGCACUGAGGCUGUUGAAAUGAAGUACUCUCCCUGAACCUGACUUUGCUGAUGCUGAACAGUAGUUGUGGCACCCAGGAAUACAGAUGUACAAAAGCCAAAGCUUUUACUUCUGUAAAAUCAUCAUAUCCUUCUAAAGGGAAGAAAAAGAUAACAUGAAUCUCCAAACAAGUUUUGAGGUGGGUUUUUUUUUCCCUGAUGUGAGAGGUCUUUAACCAAGCCAAGUGACUUUUUCGUGCACACAUAAAAGCAGAAGGAGGGCCUAAUUAAAACUAUUCCAGGCAACAGAACCAGUGAGGACACAGAGUCUUUCUUCUUUAAAAUCAAUGGCUUUGAUUCUGUGUCCAAUAGCUGAAGUCGGGUUUGCUCCAGGAACUUCCUCUUACAGAAAUAAUAUGAUAAUAAUGUAACAGUCUGUGUAAUAUAUCCACACUUCUGUUAUCACUUGUGUAUUUCAGAAUCCCAAAAUAAAAAUGAAUGUGAAAUUGACUGUAUGGGGAGGGGGGCAGGAAUCAGCAUCAAAAAAACGUGUUCAGUAAAGUGAUGCUUUUGUUGACAACAUACCUUGUCUGUUCUUAUUUGUGCAAGUUUGUAAAUAAUUCUGUAUUCUCCCAAGCAUUGUUACCAUGGUUUGCUGUAACAGGAAAAUAAAUUGUAUGUUUGUUAUUGA